GUACUUGUACUCCUGUUCUCAGUUCUGUGGCAUGAGGAUGAUACAAACAUCUGCUGCAGCAUUUAUGGUAGAUUAUAGGGUGUUAGACUAGCAGAAGUACCACGUAAACAUAUCAAAUGAAACUAUUCAUUAUCAAAAUUAGAGCUAGGAGCAGACUGAGUAUAAUGUAUGACCACAUACUGAGCAAGAAAAAUACAAAUACAUGUUGAAUAAACAGUGCCAGCUGAGUUUCAUUAUCUGUAGGAAAAAUAGUAUCCUGUCAAAUACUUAUAAGACAUAUACAGGAUUAAGCUAAAUCAAGAAUCAAUGGGCAUUUUUAAUUUUAGAAUUUCCUUAGCUUUUCCUUCCCUUUAAAACCUUUUCAGUUCUGUUAAUGUGUUUUGAUUGAGUAAAUAUGUACAGGGUUUUUCUGGUAGUGCAGUGUAAUAUGAAUUGCAUCCUGAAUUAGUUGCAUCAUUUCACAAGCUUUCAAUUCAGAGUCUAUAUAUAAUCAGACUUGAUUUUUCAGCCCCCUCUAGAGUAAGCAGAAAGCUCUGACAGCCUUUCAUUUUACCUUAGAUGGCUAAGGUAAUGUGCUCCUCCUUUUGCCUUUUUAUUGGACUUCCUGUUACUCUGAACCUUUAAGGAUGUUUAUGGAAGUAUUGAAAAAAACUAAAUUGAGACAUGAUAAAUUAUUAAAGAAGUGUUCGUUUUAUAAAAACAAUCCUUAAGAUGCUUUCACAUGAAAACCCUACUUCAGAAAAAAAAGCCAAUCAAACCCAUUGUUACCUGGCAACCAGGGAUAAUAUUGAUAUUGAUACUAAAGUGUAGCUUUAGAAGCUUUGUGGCUGAUGUUUUACUUGCUGUAACUGCAAAGGAGUCUCUGGAAGAAGUGCUACAAGGUUUAGCCAGUUGUAUGUUCACCACUCUUGCAAGAGAAUCAAGUCAUAUUGUUUACAUGAGGAUGAACCGGCUCCUGCUGCCUCCCUCACACAGUGCUCUCUACUAACUCUCUUUAUUUUCUUUACAAUUUUGUGUCUUUUUACACUAGUGCUUUCCCUCUUGGGUCCUUGAACUGCUGCUUGUUCCUAUAUCUAUAAUCUCACUUCUGUCUUCAGUUUUAGUUUUAUUAUUUUGCGUAAUUCUCACAAUUUAAUGAGUUUCUCAGUAGUCAAACACAUGCAGCUCAAACCUAGCCCUUGGGUCACAGACAGCUGAAUCCAUAGGAGAAUAAUAACAUAUGAUGAAAGCCCACUGCCAUUUCCCCCCUGCCCCCAGCCAUCUCUAAUCUUACACUUCAGCCCACCAUCAUAUUUACUCCCCAGCUGAGCUCUCACAGGUAGGUUAUGUAAGUGCUGUGAAAGGCAAUACCAUCUCAGCAGACCUACCAGAGUUCAUGAAUGUGUAAUUCCAGCGGUCUCCCGGAGCGUGUCUGGGCUGCUUUGUUGGUUGCAGGUAAAACACUAGAAUUCAGCUGCAGCAAGGACCCAACAAACAGCAAUAAAUCAAUAUCUCCUAAUGGGAAGCUAAGGGUUGGGGAACUUAGUCUUCUGUUUCUAUGAUUGCACAUUUUGAUUUCAGACAGUGGCAUUGAACUGCCAAGAAAAGGGCAACCAUUUCCCUAUCAGUUUACACUUGUAAUUCAUUAUUCAUUAUGCAGAAUUAGAGAGCUUAAUUGAAGGUCUUUGAGAGAAGACUCAAGCAAUACACCACAACAGUUUCGUAGCUAAGAUGCUGUUGAUUCUUUCCAAGUGAAAUAUACCUCAACCUAAAAAAAGGCAGUUUGACAGCAUUUUUUUUUUUUAAGCAUGUUAAUUUGUUUGAAAGAACAUUAUAAAAACAAUCGAACAUGGGCUUGAUGUCUGGAAGUUAAACAUGAUACAAAGCUUUUUAUUAUUAUCAUUACUAAUGCCAUAAUAUGUUUGCUGCUGCAACCAAAAACUUUGUUAAACAGGUUGGUGAUGGAGGAAGACUAGUUCCAGUGCCCAGCCUCAGUGAAGCUGAUAAAUACCAACCUCUGAGCCUUGUGAUUAAAAAAAGAAAAUGCUUGCUUUCAAAAAAGUCUAAAUUUGCUUCAACACCUUUCACGUUAAAAGACAUUCUUGAAGGGGAGAAAGAAAUUUCUGCAGGUGUCUCAUCUUACCAGUUGCUCAACUAUGAAGACAAAUCCGAUGUUUCGCUUAAUGGUAGAAGAGGAAAUCAGAUAAUGAAUGAUGUCGGUUUUGAUGUUGCUGGAUCAGAUUCUGUUGCCUUUAAAGCUUCAUUUGGCAUAGUGACCAAACACGAGGUUGAAGUACCAAGAUUACUUAAAGAACUUACUACAAGGAAAAUAAACUUCGACCAUUGUCUAGUCCAUCAAUUAAGAAAAAGUAGGAUGGAAAUUUUAUGCGUGGUCAUGGAAAGUAUUCGAACUACAAGGCAGUGCUCGUUAACUGUCCAUACUGGAAUGCGUGGAGAGACAAUGAGGUUUCACAUUAUUGAAGAUCAGAAUUGUAAAGGGCGGGACAAAGCCAUUGUUUUUCCCGCGCAUACAACUAUUGCUUUUAGUGUAUUUGAACUCUAUAUUCAUUUGGAUGGUAAUUUUGAACUCUGUGUGACUCCAAUUGCAAAAGGAGGAUUUGAAAAAGAGAAAUCUGGACCAUCUUCGCUGACCAAACUAAGGAGAUUAAAGAACAAUCUAUUUCAUCGAAAGAAAGGAGUAGUGGAAAUCAUUGCUAACUCUGAUCCUUACUUGGAGGACCUUUUUACAGAUUAUUAUGAUAAAGCUGCGAGCAUGACUGAUCUCUCUACAAGUUAUCUCAGAGAAGGUUCUCAUAUCCGAAUUAAUUUACUUAAUAACAACAUCCCCAAAGGUCCUUGUGUCCUCUGUGGAAUGGGAAGUUCUAAAAGGGAGACAGUCUAUGGAUGCCUAGAGUGUUCUUUUAAUGGACAGAAGUACGUACGACUGCAUGCUGUGCCCUGUUUUGACCUCUGGCAUAAGAGACUAAAGUAACCGAGCUAGGUAAGUGCCUGUUGUCACUGACAUAGGCAUAACUGUGCCACAAACUUCUCAGAGUUAGUAAAUAUGACUCGAAUGGUAAAAUGCAAAAUAGUGAAAGUGCAAAACAUUUUAUUACACUCUUCAAAUUCUUUGCUUCAGUCAAUGACCUUUUACUUUAAAACACCCUCAUGCAUUCCCUGACAUUGUUUUUUUAAUUUCUAGAGCCUUUUCAUGAUAAUGAAAAAUUUACUUAUAAACUGUAUUUUCAUAAUGUCAAAAUAUAUGCUAAAAGUUACUUGGUUUACACAAACUUGUUGUUAAACCCUCAAAAUGCUGCCUUUCUCUACACUGGCACAUGAUGGCUAAAUUAGAAUAUUUGUUAAUAAUUUAGUGUUCUCAUGAAUAAUUAAUUGUGAAGUAUCAGAUUAAAAAGCAUGCUAAAACUUAGCUCAGCCCAAUGUUCCAUUUACAAAAGGGAACAACAGAAACUACAGAUAGGAGUUUCAUAUUAGGAUGCCUUUGCCGUAUUGUCAAGUUUGUUUAGAUCACAAAAAAAGUACCAGCCAGUCCACCUUCUGCAUUUGGAUUUUAUGUCACAGCUGCUCAACUUUUACAUGUUCAGAAAAAAAUUGCUUAGCUGAAAAUAUUUUGGAAACUUAUGAAAAUAACAGAACUACACACUCCAACGAGACCUCAGGGGUGAAGGUCUUUAGCUGGCAUUCUCAACCACAGAAAAUUAAGCCCGUUGAGAACAGGAACACAUGAGGGCACCAGAGAGUUUUGUCCAGGUCUGGGACUGGGCAUGCUGUUGGGUAGGGUGCUGUUGACCCUCUCAUCAUGCUAUUUUAAACUGGCAAAGCAAAAAACAUUUUUCUACCUUUAAAGUUAUUUUAAGGAAAACCCAGGUGUGGAAGACUUUUCAGUUGUGCUGCCACUUUCACUGUGCACAACUGAUUAUUACAUGUUGAAAUGAAUACAGCCAUUGCUUUUCAUGUGAGAAGAGUAAAGCAUGUUACCCAAGUGUUGGGGUGACAUCUGCAUAAGUAAAACAGUUAAUGAGAUCCAAAUACUUUCUAUUAACUAUUGCUACUUCUUUGCAUUUUUCCAGGAGGGAAACCAGAAUGAUGCUCAAAUAAUUCCUUAUGUACAUAUAUAGUAUCUCCCAUCAUCUUCAUUCUCAUCUAAGGAAAUUAUGAUAGUGUAGAUUUUUAACUUGGUGCUGCUGAAUAAACACAAUAACAAUAAUUUUACUAAAUCAAAGUUUAAAAACUCACUAAAAAUACUGCUUUUUCAUCAACACCAAAUUAUUCAUGUUAAAAUUAUAUCAAAGAGGUUAUUUUAAAUUCCUUUAAAAACAUCUGUGUUUUUAUCUUCAUAUUCCAUAGACAGUAUUCAUUUAUUUUAAGGCCUUUUAUAGUUAAUUGCUGCAAAUGGCUGUUCCUUGAGAAGCUGGCUAGGAGCCUGCAGGGGUCUAACCGAGUUACAUUCCUGGGCUUCUGUUUCCCCUUUUAUUUAACAUGGGAUUGAGAAGUGUUCGUCAGUUAUGUCAACAGUUACCUGAUCCAUUUUUGUGUGCUCAAGAGGACAGAAAUAAUUAUUUUCAUCAGUAUUUUACACAAUGAGAAAGACUACUGAGCAAUACUGUAGAUCAGAACAUGAUGCAAGAACCAAUAAUAAAAAUUUUCCGAUUUUAUUUCUUUCUUUUGAAACAUGUAACAAUUUUAUUAGUUGAAUGUUCAAAAUUUUUACAGUCACCUUAAGAGAUAUAAAAAGAUGCCACUACGAAAAAAAUACAAAAAGUUCUGUGACAAAGUAUUAUUGUUUAGAAUUUAGUGUCCAGAAAACAGCCAAAGAUUUUUUAAGUACUUAGAGUUCAUCAUGCUGGUAGACGUUGUACUCCUUUGCUGAUAUGAAGCCAUCUCCAUCGUGGUCAUUCUUCUUAAAUAUGUCAGCUAAGAUUUCAUCGUGGGCUGAGGGAUGACGUUUUUUGCCAUCUCUUGCAAAUUCUUCUUUCAAAUACUGGCUUAUCUAGGAAAAAAAGAAAAAACUCCAACUGUUGUGAUUUUUAUGCCAGGAUUCAAUAGCUAUCUUUAAGGAUAUUUGGGGUAUACACCUAAGUUAUUGUGACUCCAGUGCAGACACAUCUACAGUUCAUCUACAGAAGUCUGAGACAUAUUAAUGUAUUAAAGCAAAUUUCAGCAUUGAACAGUGUAGCUUGUGUAAGCACACAGAUCAACUGCAGCAGAGGCAGCUCAUGUAAAGAUAAAACUCAUGAAACCAUACCUAUACUUUUAUAAAUUAUUUAUUUCAAAUUAUUUACAUCAUAUUACCUCAAGUUCAGAGAGUUUCUUGUCACCGUCCUUGUCUAUUUGAUUAAAUGCUUCAACACUACGAGGUCCCUUAUUUACUGCAUAAAGUUCAAUCUCAAAGAUCAGGGUUGCAUUGGGUGGAAUCUUGCUCUGUGC